AUGCCCGAUUUACCUUUCCCCCAAAAGCAAAGAAGAGAAAAGUUGUACAAACAAUUCAGGCGGUUUCUAAAAGUGCUCAAGCAGGUGCAUGUGAAUAUACCUUUCACAGAGGUGCUCUCACAGAUGCCAGCUUAUGCUUUAUUUUUUAAGGAAAUAUUGUCCAAAAAUCGAAAAGUGGAAGAAACAUCCGUUGUCAAGCUCACAGAGCAUUAUAAUGCCAUUUUGCAAAAUAAGCUCCCUCAAAAGUGUGGAUAUCCAUGGAGUUUUACUAUACCUUGCUCUUUAGGAAGUACUAAGUUUGAACAAUCUUUGUAUGAUUCAGGUACUUCCAUUAACCUCAUGCAUUUGUCUAUUUGCAUGAAAUUAGAGGGAGAAAUUGGAGAAAUCAGGUCGACACUUAUGUCCUUGCAGCUGGCGAAUCAGAUCACAAUCAUACCUGAAGGAAUAGUGGAAGAUGUGCUAGUUCGGGUGGACAAAUUUGUGUUCCCUUUGGACUUCAUUGUGGUGAAAAUGGAGAAUAAGGAGGUCCCUCCGAUUUUAGGAAGACCCUUCUUGGCUACGAGCAGAGCAAUUUUGGACAUUCAAGAAAGGCAGUUCACGCUUAUAGUGGGGGAAGAAAGGGUGGUCUUCAAGAUGGAAGGAGCAAUGGGGGCCCUAAAUGAGAAAACUGGAGAGAGUAUAACAAAUAAGUGUGGGGUGUACCCAAAGAAGGCUGAAAAGAAGCUCUUAGCAUGGAUGUGUGCACUGGGUCGGGCGUGCAAAUGA